AUGGCUUUCGUCCUGUCAAGACUUGGAGAUAAUGGCGCGCAUUUUGCUUCACCAGCCACCAUAGUAACAGUCAUGAUCGCGAAUAUUCCUAAAUUCCAAUUUCCUGCUCCAGGACCAGAUCUACCGUCUUGGCCAGCAUUCACCAAUGAACCAUUCAAACCCGGCAACAACCCGUCUGAUUACAUGAGGAUAUACCUGCAAUAUCUGCUUGACGACAGAGACAAUUACCCUGUCGAUGGCUUUGGACCAGGGACCGCUCUCGUUCAGAUACACGACAUCAUAGAUCCGCUUUUCAUCGGGUCGAAUCUGGAGUCCGAUACUACAUGGACAAAUUAUAUCCAUUCCGUACAGAUAUAUUGUUUGGUGUGUCCUCCUUUGGAGAGCGGCGGCAAAAGAGGAGAAACAGACGAUUUAGGCUGGCCCUUCUGCGGCGGCGACAUCCAAGCCAUCCAAUCGACGUCUCCGGCAUCCGAUGAGAUAGCUGGCUGGACUCCACAAAGUGAAGUCAAUCAAGGACUUGUAGUACCAAAACCAAGUGACGGAUGGGAGAACACAAGUUUGGCAUGUACACUUGCCAUGUACACGACUUUCGACGUAAUUGAUGCGACAGUCUCGCUCUACAUGAAUCGUCCAAGCGUCAGGAGUCAAUUGUUCAUUGUGUCUAGCACACCACGAGACGGCGCAUCGGACUUUGGUGUGCUGAUGCCAUACCGAUACAGCGCGUACUGUACCCAUGGCACUCGAAACGGGACUGGCUGCAAUGAAGCAGAGCUUUCUUACUCGACAAGCACUUAUGGUUCUGCACCUACAUCAACCCGGGACACGUGGGAUACUUUGUUCCCCACUUCUAUCUAUCCAGCUCCAGCUCGAAAUUCCAUCGAUGUCUGUGCUCCAUCGAGGUUCAACAACUGUCGAAAAGAUGGAUGGUAUGGAUGGUCGAUUGGCCAGCGCGUUGGAGUUAUCAUUGGCGUGGUAGUCGGUGUCAUCGUUGUCAUACUACUAUUGCGUCGUGUCCCACCGUCCGUGUGGUCUCAUAAGCGAGAGAAGGCAAGACCGCUACUCUUGAGCGAGUUGCGCAGCCAACAGGCUAUAGAAGAGGGAGCUGCAGCUGAGCGACGUUAUGUUGAAAGGACACGUGGGGAACACACAAGUACUUCAAGAGGCAAUGAAGAUGCAAUAGAGCAAUCUCUACAAACUGUGCCCCCAACAUGGAGACAUGGGGAACACGCAAGUAGUUCAAGAGGCAGCGGAAACGCAGUAGAACAACCCGUAGAAGAUGUGCCCCCAACAUACAAAGAAGCGAUGAAGGAUCGUAGGCGUACGUCAGGUGUAGGUCGUCCGCGAAUGAACGAAUAUACAUCCACAGGAUGGCCACCAGUGUACGCAGACGCUGUACAACAACCUGUACCCGUUGCAAACACUCCACUGCGAGUUCCCUAUCCGACCCUUCCCGUGUCCCCGCCAAGAUAG